AUGCGUCCUUUACUGUGUCUGCUUUUUGCGGCCUCGGGUCUGGCCGUGGGGCCUGCGUCUUUGGAGUCGGACGUGGAGAUUCUGCUGCAUAAUGAUUUGUUAGAGGCUGAAAGUUCGUUGGCAAACUCCGGGGUGAUCCUUUUGGAUGACAAGACCUGGACGGAAGGAAGUCAGGCCUGUGAAACACUCGGGGAGUCACUCUGGGGGAGCCCGCCAUCCACCCCAGCUGACAUCACAGCCGAUCUGGAAUAUCUCUUGUACCGAGGGGACUACGGGAGUCAGCAGCGGUUCUGGAUAUCCCCGACUAACAACAAUUCCCGAACGAUUGAUCUGGAGGGAACCAUUGCGACGGCAGACGGCAACAGUCGAUUUCCCGUCCUCUGCACACAGACCGCCCCUUACUCAACAGAAGACUAUCAGAACACGAGCAGCCCAUACCAAGUCACCGUCCAUGCCAAUAAUGAGUCCCUGACAGGCUUCCGAGACCACGUCACGUUUCGCUUCAUCGGGGUUCGCUUUGCUACCGAACAGCAACGAUGGACGUAUCCGGUGCCAUAUACCGGAACAGGUGGAAAUCUAUCGGUCUUGGAAUAUGGCUCGAACUGCCAUCGUGACGCACGUGGGAACGAGGAAAAUUGUCUCAUCCUGAAUAUCUGGACGCCGUAUUUACCAACCCAUCCCGAGAAGAAAAAGUUGAAGCCAGUGGCAUUCUGGAUCCACGGGGGCGCCUUUACCGGGGGAAGCCCUAACGACGCCUACUAUGAUGGCGGCAACCUGGCCUCCCGAGGUGACGUCGUGGUGGUAGGAAUCAGCUAUCGUCUCGGUACCCUGGGCUUUCUCGCUUUGAACGAUGGCAAAACCAACGGGAACUUUGGUCUGGCCGACCAGGUUGCAGCUCUCGAUUGGGUGCGUCAGAAUAUCGAAGCCUUUGGAGGCGACCCCGACCGCAUCACCAUCUUCGGCCAAUCCGCCGGAGCAGCCUCCGUACGGGCCUUGCUUGCCUCUCCCAAGGCCAAGGGCAAGUUUGCCCGAGCCAUCAUGCAAAGCAACCUGGGUGGCCUUGCCUAUGGCACGACCUACUCCCAAUACUAUACCAUCGACGAGGAAAUGCAAGUGGCGGGCGAGCCCAUCCUGGAGGAGACCAAUUGCACGGUCGCAGAAUCUCCGGUCGACUGUCUCAGAAACUACACGGCCAGCGCCAUUACAGCCCUCGAUACAACAGCACGGUACCUGGUCGUGGACGGAACGUAUCUGACCAGUCCUGAGCUGGACCUCAGUCCCUCCACAGACACCCCUCAUGUGCCUGUCAUGAUGGGUAUCAUGCGAGACGAUGGCGCCGCGUUCAUCGACUAUCCCAGUGCCGGCGAAAACAUCAGCACCUUCUUGACGGAAAAUGACCUCCCCGCAUCCGUCCUGACAACCGGUCUCUUCCCUAAUGCCGCUGGACCCAAUGCUACACUAGACAUCUUCAACACAUCCGCCCGCAUCGGAACCGACAGCAUGUUCCGAUGCAUCGAUGAAGCGACCGGGUAUGCCGGUGUCACGAACCACAUCUUCCCCGAGGUGUACUUUUACGAGUUCAACCGAUCGUACGAACUCGCAUCACAGGAUCCUAAUGGACAUGUAUGCUAUGCCCCUGCGACGACGGCGUAUCCACACGGCGAUCCAUCGCUGGAGUACUAUAAAUGCCACUCAGGGGAUCUAUAUUACAUGUUUGGAAAUCUGCGCCGGCUGAAUCAGCCCUUCCGGGAUGAGUACGAGCUGCCGUUUGAGCAGUAUGUGCUAGACUCGUGGGCCAGUUUUAUUCGCACGGGGAGUCCGACGCCGGAUCUGGCGUUGCUGCAGGCGCGGGGAUAUGCAAAUACCAGUCGGGUGGUGCAAGAGAGUGGUGCAUGGCGUCCGUUGAAAGAGGGGGAUUAUAGCUUGAGACGGUUCCAGUGGCCGCCGUAUCAGGCGCCGUUUGAUGAGGUGGAACAGUGUACAGCGCUGAAUCUAUCGCUGAGCUAUUAUGUGAUGCAGCAGCCACUGCUUAGCUAA